ACGUUACUUAUUUUCUACUAAAUUCUUUUGGGGAGGGACGCUGCAGUCUCACUGGAAGAACAAACCAAUUUGGGUCCACGCAUUCUAGUCUCUCAAAGAGCUCAUGUUUUCUGGCUAGACCUAUGAUCAUUCCGUGAGACUCCACUGAAAUUUGAAUCGUGUCUUCCUCAUCCCUAAUGUGUAAUCCUUCAACAUGGACCUGCUACUUUAGCUAAGAUAUGACCAACAAUGAAUAGUAGUAAGAUAUGCACUGAUUAGAAGGCUUGCUUGUGCAGUGUGGAGGAUAAGACAGUGCCUUACAAAAAUGGGGUUUGGGAGUGACCUGAAGAAUUCACAUGAAGCUGUGUUAAAAUUGCAAGACUGGGAAUUACGCUUACUGGAAACAGUGAAGAAAUUUAUGGCCCUGAGGAUAAAAAGUGAUAAAGAAUAUGCAUCUACUUUACAGAACCUUUGUAAUCAAGUUGAUAAAGAAAGCACUAUUCAAGUGAAUUAUGUCAGCAAUGUUUCUAAGUCUUGGCUACUUAUGAUUCAGCAGACAGAACAACUUAGUAGGAUAAUGAAGACACAUGCAGAGGACCUAAAUUCUGGACCCUUACACAAGCUCACCAUGAUGAUCAAAGACAAGCAGCAGGUGAAGAAAAGUUAUAUAGCUGUUCAUCAGCAGAUAGAGGCAGAGAUGAUCAAGGUUACAAAGACGGAAUUAGAGAAAUUAAAAUCCAGCUAUAGACAAUUAAUAAAAGAAAUGAAUUCUGCCAAAGAGAAAUAUACAGAAGCUCUAGCUAAAGGGAAAGAAACCGAAAAGGCCAAGGAGCGUUACGACAAAGCCACAAUGAAACUUCAUGUGUUGCAUAAUCAGUAUGUAUUGGCGUUGAAAGGGGCACAGCUUCAUCAGAAUCAGUAUUAUGACACCACCCUUCCUCUGCUUCUGGACUCCUUACAGACGAUGCAAGAAGAAAUGAUAAAAGCACUAAAAAGCAUAUUUGAUGAAUACAGCCAGAUAACUAGUCUUGUUACGGAGGAAAUAGUGAAUGUCCAUAAAGAGAUUCAAAUGUCAGUUGAGCAGAUAGACCCUAGCACAGAAUACAAUAAUUUUAUAGAUGUUCACAGAACAUCAGCUGCUAAAGAGCAAGAAGUUGAGUUUGAUACUUCCUUACUAGAAGAAAAUGAAAAUCUUCAGGCAAAUGAGAUUAUGUGGAAUAAUUUAACAGCAGAAAGUUUGCAAGUAAAGUUGAAAACUUUAGCAGAGGAACUUAUGCAGACACAGCAAAUGCUAUUAAACAAGGAGGAGGCUGUCCUGGAGCUAGAGAAAAGAAUUGAGGAAUCUUCUAAGAGCUAUGAAAAGAAGUCUGAUAUUGUGCUGCUAAUAAGCCAAAAACAGACACUUGAAGAGCUGAAACAGUCUGUGCAGCAGCUGAGGUGCACUGAGGCAAAGUUUACGGCACAGAAAGAAUUACUAGAGCAAAAAGUGCAAGAAAAUGAUGGAAAAGAGCCACCUCCGGUAAUAAAUUAUGAAGAAGAUGCACGGUCAGUUACAUCUAUGGAAAGGAAGGAGAGGGUAUCCAAACUUGAGUCUUUUCGUCAUUCAAUUGCUGGACUAAUUAGGGGUCCAAAAUCUGCAUUUGGCUCUUCAACAUUUGAAUCGAUGCCCGUAAUUGAGAAGCCCCUGACAGAACAGGAUUGGUACCAUGGUGCAAUUCCCAGAAUAGAAGCACAAGAUCUGUUAAAACAACAAGGAGACUUCUUGGUGCGAGAGAGCCAUGGGAAACCUGGUGAAUAUGUCCUUUCUGUAUAUUCUGAUGGACAAAGGAGACACUUUAUCAUACAAUAUGUUGAUAGUUUGUAUCGAUUUGAAGGCACUGGUUUUUCAAACAUUCCUCAACUUAUAGAUCAUCACUUUACAACCAAACAGGUCAUCACGAAGAAAUCAGGUGUUGUUCUGCUGAAUCCUAUUGUUAAGGAUAAGAAAUGGAUUCUCAAUCAUGAAGAUGUCACAUUGGGUGAAUUACUGGGCAAGGGAAAUUUUGGUGAAGUAUAUAAAGGCAUAUUAAAGGAUAAAACUGCUGUUGCUGUUAAAACAUGUAAAGAAGAUCUUCCUCAGGAACUGAAAAUAAAAUUUUUACAAGAAGCCAAAAUUCUCAAGCAAUACGAUCAUCCCAAUAUUGUCAAACUUAUAGGAGUUUGCACACAGAGACAGCCGAUCUACAUCAUUAUGGAACUGAUUCCAGGAGGUGAUUUCCUCUCCUAUCUGAGAAAAAAGAAAGAUGAAUUAAAAACCAAACAAUUAGUGAAAUUUUCAUUAGAUGCUGCUUCCGGUAUGUCAUAUCUCGAGAGUAAAAAAUGUAUACACAGGGAUCUCGCUGCAAGAAACUGCCUUGUAGGUGAAAAUAAUGUUCUGAAAAUCAGUGACUUCGGAAUGUCUCGCCAAGAGGAUGGGGGAGUGUAUUCCUCUUCUGGCUUAAAGCAGAUUCCCAUUAAAUGGACAGCACCAGAAGCUCUUAAUUAUGGGAGGUACAGUUCUGAGAGUGACGUGUGGAGCUUUGGCAUCCUCCUCUGGGAGACCUUCAGCUUAGGGGUCUGCCCGUACCCUGGAAUGACAAACCAACAAGCACGUGAGCAGGUGGAAAGAGGGUACCGGAUGUCAGCCCCUCAGUACUGUCCAGAGGAAAUCUUUAAAAUUAUGAUGAGGUGUUGGGAUUAUAAGCCUGAGAACCGCCCCACGUUCAGCGAACUCCAGAAAGAGCUCAGCGCGUUCAAAAAGAAGUUAACAUAGUGCCGGGCGGGGCCGGACGCAGCCUUCGGACAUCCCGUUCUCCCGUUUGCAAUGAGUUUGUACCACGUUACCUGCACCAGUCUGCUAAGGUUAUUUUUUUAUUAACUGUUUUUUAAAAUAUGUGCCACUUAAAAAAAAAAGGGCAAAUGCAUUUAAGGAACAGACAGUCCUACCAAGGGCUUUAUUAGCUCAUCAUAGCGUUCCUGAUCCUGCCACUCCAGGCCACUGUCAGAGAAAAGCACAGAGCCCACGUGAGGGAGAACAGAUGUUUUUCACACCAAGACCACUGAUGCUCCUCAAAGCUUGGCUACUCCAGGCCCUGGUCACGGGCCGCGUCGGUGCCACAGACCUGACUCACUCGGUGCUAGAAGCUGCCUAGGUAACGCCCUGUUUGCAGGACACCUUCCAGCGGAAGCUGGCCCUCUGCUCUGCCAAGGCAAGAUUACUUUUGUAAACAUCGUUUUCUAUCGGGAAUUAUUUGGCGCUCCUGGGUUUGUUUGUGUGUUUGUUUUAAUGGCCAGAAAUAAGUGCAGUGUAAGAACUGUCACACUCCUGUGUUAGUAGUAAGGUUGUCAGUUCCCGCCUCUGUUUGGGCAUCAGAAAACCAUGCACGAGAUGUCCUCAAACAGCACACUCUUAGCGUCGAGGCAGCAGCUUUUAAAGGGUGUUUUGGAGAGCUGCGACAACAAGAAGUCAGGACAGGAGGGUGGUCUGGAGAAAAAGAGCAGCUAGACAGGGGAUCAGAGAAGAGAUGGAAAACAUAAAAUGUCUUCCUGUCUAAGCUAUGGCUUUACAAACAUCAAACACCUUUUAUUUUUAUGGUCUGAAUUCACAAAACAGAUUCUAAGAAAUGAUUUUCAGGAGUUCAUAGAUAAAGCAUUCUUAAUGGCAACAAAAAAUUUUUUUAGAGAAACUAUAAAGCACAAGCCCACAAAACCAACAGCAUGCUUUUGGUGAAGUACCUGCACCUCAGAGGAGGCCUCCCAGCAUUUAAUGCCCUGCACUGGUGCUGUUUCCUGAGCUGUCAGAACGUCAUGACCCUAGUUCAGAAACACACUCGUGUGCAACCACACACACACUACACGAAGCAAGGCAGGUGUGGAUGAAGACAAAUGGACACUGUUGAGGAAGAAAAUCCAGGACAGCCUCCUAUCUUCACUUUCCCCCUUUGCGACCCCUCUACUGCUACCUGGAAACCCUUACCUUAGCAGGCAGGUGUGCAAGCACUGUGCUGGAGAGGCUUCCUAGGAAUACGUAACGGUUACAUCUAGGAUUCUGUUGAGCUAAACCUCUGCUGCAUCCCGGGACCUUACCCCAUGUUCUGUACAUAGUUACGGCUCAGGAUCAGCGUGGGUGGAGAGACGGUCAGGCUCAGGGGUACAUGUGGCUCAGGAGCUGUACUAGUGCUCAGGUGUGUGUCCAAAGAGCACCUCGGUGACUGUUUGGUCCUUGUUUAUUGGAAGAGCUUAUUUAUGGGAAAGAAAAUGCCUCCUGUCCUCUUUGGCUGUUUGCUGCCUGUGAAUAUCACUGCAUGGAACUCAAACCCAGCACUCUAAACAGUAGGAAGGAUAAUACUGAAGAGAAAAAUGGCUUGUCUAUCAUUUCAAUCUUCUUGCAAGUUUUGUGCACAUUUAAUGAUUACUACAUUCAGACUAAAACAAAAGCAUAAUAAACUUGGCCUCAAAAAUAUAUUGCAAUAUUCAAGCAAUUUUUUAAAAAUCAGAACUGUUUUCCCUUCUGUCAGAUAUUGUAAAUAAAUGGAACCUUGUUUCGAUGGCAUACACUGUGACAAGUCAGGGCACAGGCUUGGGAAUUAAGUGCUGUGGUCUUCAGGCCCCGGCCAGCCUUCAAUCGUAAGAGUAAGGUGGGGACAUGUGCACCCUUUACCUGUAUUUCUAAGGGAAUCUUUUCUUAUUUAUAGAAACUGGCCUCCCAUCACUUAGCAGCUUCACUGCUACGCUUCAGCAAGGAGAGAGAAGGAUGGUUUGGGCUGUAAUUUUGUGAACACGACCUGAAGCUUAAUCUUUGCAUUCUGGUUUGAAGGAGGACUAUGGCAUUGGUAUUUCACUCACCCUGGCUGCUAGAAUUUACAAUUCACAUCAUAACUCUGUGCUUAAAUUAAAGCAGCUUUCAAAACACCGUGACAUCUGCAGCAUUUAAAUUCCACUGUAUUCUUUGUCCCAAAGCAGGCGGUGGUAUAGUUCAGGAUUAAUAACUCAUGGGGAGUCUUUCAGGAUCAUAUCAGUUGUAAAGAAUAUUAAAUUUAAGAUAGGUACAUGCACCAAGAAAAAUUUAUGCAAACCAUCUUUACUCUUAAUUUUCCUGCACUUAAAGCAUAAUUUAUUCAUCCCUUCUGUCACUGAUAAUUAUUGGAAUUAUGUACUUUAGGUAGCUAAUCCAUAACCAAAAAGCACACGUAAGUACUGUUCUGAAUUUGCAACUUGAUGUAGGAAAAGAAGGCUUCAGAAAUGCACAAAAUCCCGUGACUUGUAAGAAAACAGUUAUAACCAAAAUUGCCACCAGUCUGAAUGUAAUUAAGCCAGGUUGCAAAUCUUUGUGUUGUUAAUGGAUUUUUCAAGAGGUGCAUUUAUCACUCCCAUACAGUUCCUGUCAUAAUUUCUUAAAUUUAUGAAUACGAAGGGGGUAGGAGUGUCAGGCAGUCUGAAUCUCACCUACAUUUUUCUACCUUGAAUCACUAAGGAGCCUUUAUGAAAAAUAUUUAGCUAGUUUAUCAUUUUUCAAGGAAAGAAAUCUUUUAAUGUCAUUAACAUUUAUUACCAACACGUGAAAACUAAGAUUAAUUUUGUAUUCGAGUAAUCGGAGUUUACUUCCCAAAGCCAGGGUAUCCUUCUUUUCCGGGAAAAUAAUAAUAAAAGAUUAAGAGGUUUUAUUUACAUUUUCAAAACCAGAGGCUAUAUUUUAGCUGUCCUGCCACUAGGUCCCCAGUAAAAGGCCCCAUGUAAUCAUUUCUCUCUUGUCUCCCAAAUGUAAUAUAAGCAAUAAAGUUCUUCAUUCAUAAUUCACCAUUUUAUCACAAAUAAGUAGAUCAGGACAGACCAUGAGCUACUGUUCAGCGUGCAUUUCACAAUUGUUUUUUCAUUUGAGGGUUAUUUUAAAAAGAAAAAAAAAGAAAAAAUGUUUAGUCACCAAUAUGAAAUCAAUUUUCUUCAAACCACAAUAUGGUUUUCUUGUCUAUGUUAUAUUCACGUUUCAGUGUUGCCAUAUAAUUUAAUACAAAGUUUGGUUAACACCACUGAAAUAACUAUGCUUCACAAUACUGGUGUGAGAUUAUAUCAGAAGAAAGUGUUUUAAUUAUAAUAGAUGUUACACACUGAGGACCUUCUAGUGGGAUAAACAUAAAAAUUAGAAUGCAGCCACAAUACAUGUCCUUUGAUUAUCCUGCAUCCCUGUGAGUCACUAGAUAUUCUGAGGGUGUCCCGGGAAACCUUGCUUAGUGGAUGCUCUCAGUGCACUGUUCUGUGGCCUGUGACUGAGAGAAACUGAAAAGAGGUUGUUCGCCUCCGCCCUCUUUAUUUUCCCCCACACACUCCUUUGAUCACAUGGUAUUUAAAAUGUUUCUUAUCAACAAAAUUGAUUGUCCAUGAGCACUGUUCUAAGUCAUGUAGAGACUGACUUUUGUAUUUAGGAGGCCAGAGCUCUCACACAAAACAGAGAAUAAUGCAAAAUAAAAAGAGCAGAUAACUGAAAGCCA